GUCAAGAGCCCCUUGCUUUAUAUUAUGCCCCAACGAAACCCUCCAAGGCCUAAACCCCCAAAACCCAUCACCCAUGUCUCCCUUCAGAGCCCUCUUUUCCCACCACCACUCCUACUCUCUCCUUAAACCCCAAAACCCUUUUUCCAUUUCCCAAAUAACCCGCAAACCUUUCUCAUUCUCCUCCAUCUUCCAGAGAAUCUAUAGCUCACACCAGACUGAAAACCAAACCAAACCCAGAAAGCCUUUAGACCUUGUCUUCAAAGAGGCCGUAGAACUAUCACCACAACCCGAAAACUCCGAAAGCGAAGGUGAAACCGAAGACAGCCCAUUGAAGAAGAGCUUGAGGGAGUUGGAGAAAGAGGUAAAGAGAUUGAAAUUGAAUUCGAAUGGCGAAAACAAAGCGAAGAAGAGUGAAGUCGAACCCAAGAAUUCUAAGGCUAAGGUCAGCUUAUACGCCUUGUUCACAAAUAAGGCGGCGGCGGGGGAUGAAAGGAAAUGGACAGAGUUGACAAGAGAGCGAUCAAAUGUGUUUAAGGCUUUGUCGCAGGAUAUGGAAGUGGUUGUGAGCCAUUUGUACAAAGAAGGGUACUUUAACGAUGCCAAUUUCUUGUCUGUGAAUGAGGGUAGGUUGGAUUAUAGUUGCUUUAACAAUAGCUAUGGCCGCGGUUUUGUAAAGUUUGCGGUGGAGAGGUUUGCCAAAGACAACCAAGUGAUUGCAAAAUGGUUGUCAGGCUCUGAUUUGAAAAAGGUGGCCCUUGUUGGUUGUCCUUCCCUUGCAAGAAAGAGUGUUUUCGGUGCUAAAAGAUUGCGUAAAUUUUUUGAAAUUCAAGAACAUACUGUUUGUAGCAAAUGUGUCUUAAAACAGUCAUGCAACUUUGUGAAUCAGAAUGUGUGGAAUGGAGGCGCCAAGAAUUUGGUUCUGGCUGAUGUUAUGAAUACUAUCACUUUAUAUGCUCUGGAUGCUGUGCCUCCACAGCUGGUUGUGUCUGAUGAAGUAAAGUCUUCUGUUAGUCGAUUGCUCAAGGAGAUGUUGAGGCUAAGCAAAACCACUUCAUGAGGCAAAUUUACGAUUUGCACAACGUUGUUCAAGGGUGCACAUGUGGGGGAUCUGAAAUAAUCCAACCCAAUUUGGGUAAAGUUUUCACCCUCCGUAGCGGGUUUGCACAGGUCCUGGAAUUCGAUUAAAGAGACUAUGUGGUGCUUCGUAUUCUAUAUCCUUGUCUUGAUCAAUGCUCAACCUGAUGCCAAGAAUAA